AUGAGAAAUUUAUUAUUUUUUAAAAAAACAAAGAUGAUGAAAAGCACUUUAGAAUAGAUUUAAGAUUUAUAGGAGGUUUUAGCUACCCUAAAAGAUAUUGAUAUAUAAGUAUUCAGCAUGAUAAUUGAAAUUUUCAGAAAUGAAAAAAUUUCAGAUUGUCUUGAUUUUCUUUAAAAUGAUGAAAAUCAUAGGCAUUGCGAAAGAUAAAUGUUAUAAGUAGAGAAUUUAUAAUUAGUUGAUAAAAAAUAAAAGUUAAAUGUUAUAAGAAAUAAUAUUAAGUUAAUUACUAAAGCUCUCAAAAAAAUUAAAGAUCAUGAUUUUAAUGAAAAUGACUAUUCCACUUAAAAAUACCUUGAAACUAAACAGGAAUUAAUUAAGAAAAUAGAAAAAGAAUAGAUGAAAGUCUAAUUUUUAAAAUUCUUAGUUCACCUAACAGCUCUUGAUAACAAAUUCAUAUAAUGUGGAUCUAAUUCACUUUUUUUAUUAGUAUAAAUGAAGAUUGAUCUGAGAUAAUAAUGUUUUUAAGGCAUUAAGAUUAAAAAUACUAAUUUGAUGGGAGCUAAUUUUGUUAGAUGUAAUUUGAGUGGUUCUGAAUUUUAUAAUGUGGAUAUUAGCGGAGUGAAUUUAAACGGAGCUAAAUUGUUUAAUUGUAAAUGGAAACACUUAAGUAUCCAUGAAUUACAUAAAUUAAUUGGACAUACAAAUUAUGUCAAUUCAGUAUGCUUUUCUCCUGAUGGUACUCUAAUAGCAUCAGGUAGUGGAGAUCAGUCUGUAAGAAUAUGGGAUGUGAAGACUGGAUAACAAAAAAUCUAAUUAGAUAGUCAUAGUAGUUGUGUCUAAUCAGUAUCCUUCUCUCCUGAUGGUAUGAUUUUAGCAUCUGGUAGUGGAGAUCAAUCUAUCAGAAUAUGGGAUGUUAAGACCGGAUAAUAAAUAAUCUAAUUAGAUGGUCAUACUAGUUCUGUCCUAUCAAUAAGCUUCUCUCCUGAUGGCACGAUAUUAGCAUCUGGUAGUGAUGAUAAUUCUAUCCGUUUAUGGGAUGUUAAGACAGGACAAUAAAAAUAAAAACUAGAUGGUCAUAGUAAUAGAGUCCUAUCAGUUUGUUUUUCUCCUGAUGGUAAUACAUUAGCAUCUGGUAGUGAUGAUAACUCUAUCAUUUUAUGGGAUUUUAUAACAAGAAAAACAUAAGCAAAAUUUUAUGGUCAUGAAGGUGAAAUCUUAUCAGUAUGCUUCUCUCCUGAUGGUACUAUAUUAGCAUCUGGUAGUGGAGAUCAGUCCAUCCGAAUAUGGGAUGUUAAGACAGGACAUUAAAAAGCGAAUUUAAAUGGUCAUACUAGUUAUGUCAAUUAAGUAUGUUUCUCUCAUGAUGGUACAACACUAGCAUCUGGUAGCAGCGAUAACUCUAUCAGGUUAUGGGAUGUUAAGACAGGACUAUAAAAAUUAAAAUUAGAUGGACAUAGUGAAUGGGUUUCGUAAGUAUGUUUCUCACCUGAUGGAGCUAUUUUAGCAUCUGGUAGUGGAGAUAAGUCUAUCCGUUUAUGGAAUAUGAAGUAAGGACAAUAAGAAUAUAAAUUAGAAGGCCAUAAUGAAUGGAUUUCUUAAGUAUGUUUCUCUCCUGAUGGUAAUACUUUAGCCUCUGGUAGUCAUGAUAACACUAUCCGUUUAUGGAAUAUUAAGACAGGACAAUAAAAAGGCAAACUAGAUGGUCAUACUGGUUAUGUCCAAUCGAUAACCUUCUCUCCUGAUGGUGCUACAUUAGCAUCUGGUAGUGCAGAUAAGUCUAUCCGUUUAUGGGAUGUUAAGACAGGAUAAUAAAAAAGCAAAAUUGAUGGUCAUACUAGUAAUGUCUACUCUGUAUGCUUCUCUGCUGAUGGUAAUACUUUAGCAUCUGGUAGUGCAGAUUAGUCCGUCAGAAUAUGGGAUGUUAAGUCAGGAUAAUAAAAGGCAAAAUUGGAUGGUCAUUUUGGUUAUGUCCAAUCAGUAAGUUUCUCUCCUGAUAAUAAUACAUUAGCAUCUGGUAGUUAUGAUAACUCAGUACGUUUAUGGGAUGUUAAGACCGGGAAAUAAUAAGGAAAAUUUGAUGGCCAUAGUAAUUGGGUCUCAUAAGUAUGUUUCUCUCCUGAGGGUACGAUAUUAGCAUCUAGUAGCUUUGAUAACUCAAUUUGUUUAUGGGAUGUUCAGGCAGGAUAAUAAAAAGCAAAAUUAGAUGGCCAUGUUGGUUACGUCGAAUCAAUAAGCUUCUCACCUGAUGGUACUAAAUUAGCAUCUGGUAGUGCAGAUAAGUCUAUCUUUAUAUGGGAUAUUGAGACUGGAUAAUAAGAAGCAAAAUUUGAUGGUCAUAAUGAUCGGGUUUCAUAAGUUUGUUUCUCUUCUGAUGGUAGUAUAUUAGCAUCUGGUAGUGGAGAUAAGUCUAUUCGUUUAUGGAGUAUUAAAGCAGGAAAAGAAAUAGAAAACUUGUAUUAAAGUUAUUAAGAUAUUUUGGCAUAAUUUAAAACAGCCUUAGUUAAUAACAAUUGUCUUCCAAAAUAUGGUAUUUAUUUUGAAUAUUAUUCAGUUUCCACUAAUAUCACAAUUCUCAUAAUAUCCCAAUAACCAAUUUUUACAGCAGAAGGAGCCUUAAUUUUUUAAGGAGAAUUUCUAAAUUAUUAAGGUAUAGAUUUAAAAACCUUGUUUCAAUAAAAAGGAGGUUGCAUUUUGGAUGGCUAAAAAGAAUUUUCACAAGAUGAAAUUAAAAAAUGA